AUGAGUAUUCACCAUCUGAGAUGGUACCCAAGGCAUACAAUACAGUUCAUGCUCAGCCAUGGUCCACGGAGCAGUUUAUCCUGUUUAUCCCGAAACUCUGGCCUUGGACUCUCAUCACGAAUCCUUCUUGGAAACUCCGAACUUAAUAGGGCUAAAGAAGAAGUUAGUCGGAGGGAACGCUCUCCCGCAAAGCAGAUGGUGGGUGCUUCGUCCCCUUAA